CUUGUCUCCAAGUGCCAGGUUCAGCAGGCAGCUGCUUCUGAUGUCUAGCUAAGCACUGAGGAUCUGAAGUGGAACCUUUCAGAAGACAUUGCUGUUGGCACUGGGCAGACCACAGCAUCUCUUCCUGACUGCGAAUUUCCCUUGGAAGCACCUUGAGUCAUCAUUACUAGAUCUGUUUCAUGCUUUUUGUAUCUCCAGCAUGUUGGGCCCUUUCCAGUUUUUGAACCACACAGAUCCAGGAAGGCUUGCUACUAGCCAAACCAAAGGGCCGCAUGAGGCUAAACCAUCAGAAGUCAGGCAUCUGUCAGCUCACAGAUCUCGGAAAAGUAACCAAGUGGCUUGUUUUGAUCCACCUCUUGAAGUGGUUCCCACCAGGAACCUAAUCAUGUACAACAGAAAGGCAGCUGACCCAGUCCACCCUGAACUGGCUGGUUUGUUGGUAAAAAACAAGAAUCUUUUAGCUGAGCUAAGAAAUCUUCACAACAAACUUUUCAUAAAAGAAACUUCACUGCAAGAGAUGAAGACUGAGCUACAAAGUUACAAAGAAAAUAAUUUGCAACAGUCAUUCCAGAUAAAGUCCCUGAAAGAUAAUAUCAAGGACUUACAGGAACUUAUUGCUUCUCUAACCAGAAUUAAGUCUUUGAAAAACACCAAUAUUCAGAGUCUUGAAAAAGGCAACUGUGAUCUAACUGAACAAAUUAUAGAACUAGAAAACCACUUAAGAGUACAUCUGGUGGAAAGAGAAAAGGCUGAGCAAAAAGCAGACCUUUUGGAGAAAAAGUUAUCAGGUGCUAGGAGAUUCACCUCUUUUAUGAAUAUGAAAGGACAAGAAGAUUCAUUAGAUAUUUUCAUGAUGAAGGAAGCAGUACAGCAUGGUGAAUUGGAAGACUUUCUGAUGUAUGGAGAGAAAGUGCAAGGAGAAUCUGGAGGUCUCCGUGAUACUGAAGAAAAAGUUAGAGGGAAUAAGACUGAAAACUCCAGGACUAAGAAUUCCCAAAUAGAUGAGCACAGCAAGAAGUUCAAAGAGCUAGAGAAAGACAACACACAACAAAUAUUAUUAAAUAUUUGGCAGAAUUUGCAGAUUGCUACAACACCAAGAUUGGAAGAGAAAAUUCGGAAGCUUCAGAAACAGCUGAGUGAUUUGAAAUUGUCAAAUAAAAAUAUGAAAACUCAACUGACAAGAGUAAAUGCCCUUAAAGACAAAACAAUUGAAAAGCUCAGGCAAUCUUUAAGAAAAAUGGAAACAAUGAAAGAGAAGGCAGUUAUGAAAACAGACAACUUGAAAACUACAUUAGACUGUGCAGAGCAAGAGGCAAGAUCAGGCAAAGAGAGGGCCCAUGAAAUGCUAGACCCUAUCACUCCUAAACUCUCCACAGCAAAGAGAACACUUGAAGAAGUAUCAGGACAAGAACAAGAGCUUAUUGACUUUCGAGAAACUAUAUUGAAGAUAUUGGGAUUUAACAUGAAAACAGCAGACAAGGAAAUCAUCAAUCAGCCCAGAAUCCUUGCUGCAAUGGAAUAUGGCCUGGAUUUCUGCGUUCUGAAUGUGGGGUUUCAGGUAGCCCCAAGUACUCUGGCAGAAACAUUUUUCUGGUCAGAUAAAGGAGCUUGUUGCCCCAGACAGACAGGAGCCGGGAGCACAUCUACCAAACACAUUCUGUCCGUGGCCCCAUUCCUCAGCUGCAAGGCUCCUGUCUUCAGGAGUGGCAGGUUGAGAUCAGUCUCCUCCCACACCGCAACCCUACUCAGAGCCCUCGCCUGCAGUCCGACACACCUUAACCGCCAGUACGGCUGCUUACGCGGAGACCACCUUCCUGUGAAGGACUCCGUUUCAGAAUUCCCACUGUGGACCCAGCGAAAUUUCCUCCGCAGCAGCUCCUGA